AUGCAAAUUAAUUAUAAAUUGCUAUCUUCUUUCUCUAUAAAUGGGUCUCAACUAUAUUUUGCAUUAUUAUCUGUUUCUUUCUUCAUAAUUGUUACCUUCUCCUUUUUAUCUCUCUUUCAGUCGCCAUUAUUCUUCCCUCUGUUCCUUUCUCUCUCUUUCAGUAGUUGUUACUCUUUUUCCUUCUCUUUGUUACCUCUUUUUCUAGUUUUUUUUUUUUCUUCCUGUUUUUUGUUACUAAGCAUUCUAUUGGUGGGGGGUCCACUCUUCGCUUUCUUUGUUUGUUCAAUUCCUCUCUUUCUUUAUUGGGAGCUGCCACUCUUUCUUUGUUCAUUACCUCUAUUUUUUUUUCUUUCUUGGGAGUUGCUACUCUUUUUCUAUUUAUUUGUUACCAAUCUCUCUUUCUUGGAAGUUUCCACUCUAAUUCCUUCUCAUUGUUCACUAGCCACUCUUUCUUACUUUCUUUCUUUUGGUAAUUACUACUCUUCUCUCUCUGUUACCUACCUACCUACCUCUCUUUCUUUCUUGGAAGUUGCUACUCUCUUAUCUUUUUUUUUUCUCUCUGUUGUUGCAGCUCUCCAUUCCUCUCCUCCUUACUCUCCCCAUUUGCACAAUGAUUUAUUUUCUGAUUUCAUGCCCUCUGCUAUCUUUGUAAUGUUUUUCUUUGAAAGUUCCUUACCCUGCAGUUGUGGACUUACCCAGGAAAUGAAUGAAUAUCUACAACAGUUUGAAUUUAAUCGCAUGAUUUUAAGCAGCAUCCCUAAGCCUUACCAAAUUGUCUACCCACAACAACUACGACAUAACACAAUCGUUGGUAUUAACACCAGACAACAUCGAAUACGACACCAUGGAACAUUUGAACAUCACAGGUGUGUUACUAUCCAACUGGAACUUUUUGGAAAGAAGUAUAAAAUCCGGUUGGAUCUCAAUAAGGCUUUGCUCUCCAAAGGUAUCAUGAUAAAACAGUACUUGAAUAAACACCAGCAAAUCAUACACAAGGUUGUGGAACACUGCUACUACCAUGGCAAAGUGAAAAGAGACGAAUGGUCAAGUGUUGCUGUGAGCACCUGCAAAGGCAUCAGGGGUGUAAUUCAGCUGCACAACGAGACAUACGUCAUACAUCCACUUCAUGGGGGAGAUGAAGGGCUCAACCACCCACAUGUUGUGUUCAAAGCUACUCACUCUGACGAGGAAAGAUGUGGUAAUUCUCACAGCUACUGGAAACCUUUUAAUAUCCUGCACCCAGCAGAAUUUGCCAGGCGUGCCAAAUACCUACGCACAUUAAAGAUUACAAGAGGAAACAAUUAUGUGUAUACAAAACUGGCUUUGGUGUUUGAUACAUCAGUGUACCAGAAUCUGAACCUAAGCCAAUCAGACAUGAUUCUCUAUGCACUAGGCACUGCCAACAUAUUGGAUGUGUACUACAAAGAACUCUACAUACAUAUCUCCCUGGUAUACACCGAACUUUGGAAUCCUGUUGACCAAAUCAAAGUGAGCAGUGUUGUACGCGAAACCCUCAAGAACUUUCUCGAAUUUAAGAAGAAGCACCUACCUGCAGAAAUCCAAGAUGUCAUGGUGCACCUUGUCACGAGCAAAAUUCUGGAAAACCAUGUGGUUGGAAUGGCCAUUCCUGACUCUCUUUGCACUGAUCGUUCCAUCGGUAUAUCUCGAAGUGCCAGUCCAUUUGAGCCACAGCAGGCUGCAUCUGUCCUGGCACACAUGAUUGGCCACAACUUAGGAAUGAAACACGAUGAACAAGGUGGUUGUACCUGUGAAGAUCAAUUUGGUUGCCUCAUGUCAACCAAAGUACUACGCUCCACUGGCCUGCAUUCCCGCUUGUUUUCAGACUGCAGUCGCAAGGAUCUGGACACGGCAUUGACCAUGGACCUUGAUUUCUGCCUUUCCCAAACAGAUGAGAUUCCGUUCCAACAAACUUGCGGUAACAAGAAAGUGGAGCGUGGUGAAGAAUGUGACUGCGGCACACUUGAGGAUUGUGCCCUCACUGAUCCAUGCUGUGACCCCAAAACUUGUAUGUUAUAUCCAUGGGCUUCAUGCAAAGAAGGCCAAUGCUGCUUCAAUUGUACUGUGCAACCAUCAAAUUAUGUCUGCCGCGCGAAUACUACUGAAUGCGACGUACCAGAAUACUGUGAUGGUGAAACUGGUCAGUGUCCAGCUGAUAACAGUGUCCGAGAUGGAGAGCCUUGUGCCAAUAACAGUGGUUAUUGUUACAGUGGUUACUGUCCUACAACAAGUCAACAAUGUCAGGCCAUCUGGGGAGAAGAGGCCACAGGAGGAGAUUACCGAUGCUUUGAUCAAUUUAAUCCAACAGGCAACUUUAAUGGUCAUUGUGGACGAGACAAUGUCACUGGACGUUUUGCCAAGUGCCAACCAGAGAAUGUGCAGUGUGGCCUACUGCAUUGUGCCGGGGGAGAGAAGAGGCCUCUUCAUGAGGCGAAGAUGGCUUUUUCUAAGACAACUGUCUUUUCCAAUAAUAUGGAAUUUGAAUGCAAGAUCAUGCAUGGCCCCACAGCCAUGGAUCUGCCCAACAGAGGUCUUGUCCAGGAUGGUACCAAAUGUGGGGAUGAGCGAAUCUGCCUGCAUAAGCAGUGUACAUCAUUUAUGGAGCUGAAACGUCCGCCUUGUCCAGGAGACGAAAAUAACAUCCCAUGUUCAGGCAAUGGGAUUUGUACAACCUUUUCCACAUGUUUCUGCAAUGAAGGCUGGACAGGUGAGCUGUGUGACAAAGUGGCAAAUAAGACCACCAUUCUGCCCCGAAAGACCACAACUAACAAACCUAUAUCUACUUUCAAGACAACAGUCACACCAGACCCAGCCUUCCAGCCCUCAUUGACUACCACUGCUUCUACAGUCACAGGAUCGCUACAGGCAAUUGUCAAAGCAGAGUCGAAUGAAGUCAACACGAUGUGGUUGAUUAUAAUCCUUGUCUCCGUCGUGGGUGGACUCAUCUUUUUCCUGGCCAUCACCAUGUUCUGCUAUCGACGCCGAACGCCUCAGAAGCUGCAUCCAAAUAAUAAAAUGGGUUUCAUGUCAAACCAUGAUGGAAAAAAGACAGAUUUGUCAGGAAAUUCACUUGGACCAAAACAAUCACGUCUCAUCACUUUUGGUUCUCUACCUUCAUACAGAGCUGAAAAAUUAUUUGGCCGAAAGAAGCCAAAGAAAAGGACAUCAAGUGAAGAAGAAAGUGACAUUGGAGAGUUGCCCCCUCCACCAAUUAUUAUAAUGUCCCCUGACAGUGCCAAGCCCCCUGAACGGGGCAUUCUGAAGAACCCUCGCCGUAUGGAUAGCCGAAACCCUCCAACUGACUAUAGUUCAUAUGUGAAAGCCACUGGUUACACAUGUCCAGAGGAGGAAGAGGAAGAGGAGUGUCGGGAGGUGCGCGAAAUCAUGAGAGAAGGAAACCAUCCUAAUAAUCGCAGGGAACCCCUUAAUCCUGACCCUUCCAGUCGGCUGCUGGAUUUGGCCAACUUUCGGUUGAAUCUGCCGCCUCCACCCAGCGAACCACCAGACAGUAGCCCGUUGUCUCCAUUCUCUCACUGGCAGGUCCAUGAACCGAAUCGCUACAAGACAAGCAGUGUGAACAGCAGCAGAGGUUCACCACGCUCUAAAAUUAUUCGCAUCAAGAAUAUUGAUGAUUUGAUGCGAGAGAUUGACCGCCAGACCAUUGAUCUGUCGCCGUCCCCCGAGACUCCACACUUACCUCUUAUCUCUCCUGUCAAUUCGGUCAUCAGCAGUGAAAAUAGCUCAGGUAGUCACUGCCAGAACCAUGAUGGGACAUGUAGAAUGAAUGGGUCACGACUAAAGGACACUUCCAAAGGCUUCACAGAACAAUCCAUACAGGUGGACAGUGAAUGCGAAUGCUCCCUCUUGAAAGACAGCGCUUCAAAUGAGUCAGAAUUCUGUGACAUUCUCCCGAUGAGCCCAACAAAAAUCAACAGCAUACUGCACUACACACACUCGGUGCCAGUUGCUGAUGGUGAUUUUGUUUCCACCUGCGGUACCGUCAACUCACGGGGUUUCGACAAAAGUUCUGGCUACGAAAGUGAACGUGAUGCUGAACGUUCCAGCAUUGACGAUGGCCCCCGUUCUCGGUCUCGAUCACACUCACGCUCUCAGUCCGGCUCACCCCCCUGCUACAGCUCAGUCAUUCGCACUGGCCCCAACCAAAUCCGUCUGGUCCCAGCUAACCAGAAGCCUGUCGAUGACACCCGCCUAGGUGGGGGUGGGUCGGGGGAUGAGCAACAGCUCCAGAAACUGUUAGAUGGACUUCCAAGGAUUGAUGCAGGCACAUUUGAACGUAGCCCUGUUUGCACAGGCUGCAACAUAACAGGAUUUGUCCCUGGAAGUACAGUCCCCAGUCCUCGUCCCCUUGGCAAGAAAUGUGACGAGACAUGUGGGCCAUGCAUUGACCGAAGCCUGGAAGAAAUCUCACAGACAUUUGGGGAGAGCUCUAAGCUAACCCCGCCAAAUAUCAAACUCAAGCCUAAGUUGAGCGCAUCCUUGAGUUUCAAUAACCGGCGACCUGUUAGUUUAGGUGUGAUGCAACGUACAUUGCAAGCGACUGCUAAUUAUCAGCAGGCAGUUGAACGUAGCCGUGAGGCCUUAAAUGCUGCUGACUCUGGGUAUAUGCGUCCAUAUGGCACUGUGGAUGAUAGAAAUGGAUGCUUAUAA